AUGGCUCCUCUUGGACUCGCGAGGACUUUCCCCAUUUCCCGUGCCCAUCCCAAUCUCGGAGAAGUCACCGGGGAGAAGUGGGUGUAUGGAGGCAAUCCCUUUGCCGAGAUGCUCGCAGCCCGAACGCCACUCGAGAACCCCAACGACCUCUCGCAGCUCCGAGACAUCCCCAAGAAGAAGGCGAAGAAGCUGAACGAGGCGGGAGAAGAAGAUGAGGAGGAGGAGGAGGAGGAGGAGGAGGAGGGGGCCGAGGGCGAUUUCAUUCUCACCAGUACCACGCCGGAUCUGGUGACGAUCUUUGACUGCAAACCAUAUGCCGGACCUCUCAACACUCACCAGCAACCAAAGUGGUUCCAAAUCGAGGAACGCAUACUCAUGGCCGCCCCCAACAUCUUCCGCCAGGCCCUCGCCUCCAAGAAGAAAGCCGACCGACAGGACCUUGCCCGGGCCGUCUACAACCCUGACACGGCAAAAGUGUUCAACCCGCACAUCCCCCACACGGCCAUCUACCUGCAGAGCCUCCUGGUGACCAGACUCGCGCAGAACUCGGAGGGCUUCCACUGCCUGGAGGAUCUGGACACCGCGCAGAUCUGGACCGGGGUCUUGUUCUGGGGCUACUUCCAGACGCACGGCCGCACCUUUCCCGCGAAAAGCACGGAGGAGAUCAUCGUGUGUGCGAUGCUGGUCGGCUUGUUCCUGGGAGAUGACGCCUAUUAUGGGACGGUGCUGAGGAUGGUUCUCGAUCGUCGCUACGCAGAGGUUUGGCCUCGCGUCCACGAUCUCGUCACCGCGUCGCUGCCUGACCCUGCUGACCCUGUUUGA